UCUCCAAGGGUGUUUCUCAUUUCCUUCAUCUCAUGCACUCGUGCUCCCCAGAUCCCUAUGACAAAGACGUGACAUCCAUGAAAGCUAAACAAGAACUGAAGCGCUGCGCCACGGAGCUCCAAGCUGUGGGACUCGAAAUUCAUUCCACUGCGCAAACCAUUAUAAACGCUUCUACCAACAACAAAACAGGAAUUGUGGCUUCUGCACUGAGGGAAUUUGUGGAGAGUUUCGGUUUUUAUAUAGAUUUUAAGCAAAGGGAUCAAAAGCUGAUAAUCCCGACGCUGUGCAUAAAAGAAGGAAAGGAAGAGAAGUGGAGGAAUUUCAUUGCUUGGGAGCAACUCGGAUUAACAGGAAUCAGCUACAAGUUCAACUCCUACGCGUAUUUUCUCAAACGCCUAGUCUGUUCUGUUCAAGACAUCCAAAUGCUUAAAUCAAAGAACAUUAUUGUAGCAGAUGAAGAUUUUGGGAUCAGCGCCCAGAAAUUACUGGCCUUGUUCCAGAUUAUCACAGCCGGGGCUGAAAAUAUGGAUAACAGAUACAGUGCUAUGUGUACGCAAUUGAACGCAGUGAAGCAGCAUGGUGUCCCUGUGACAGGAUGGUGGACCAUGAAGUGGCAUCAUUCCCAGCGUUUGCUGGAACUGCUAGGACCUCGGAUCAGAUACACCAUCAAAAUCCUAUUUAGGCUUUUGUUUAGCAAGUACAUUCGUGACACGUGGAUGCUCCUCAAAGUUGGGGCAGCUACAUUUCUUCUUCACUACUAUUCAGACCAUUUACACAUUGAAAACCAUUAUGCCCCAGCUGGCCAUUAAGAGUUAAGAAAGGAUCAGAAAAGCAUGUGGG